GCCUGACGCUGAGCCGCAGCCCCUUCUUCUCAUUUACAACCCGCAGAUCUCCAUUUUCUUCUUUCCCGAUAUUCAGGAGCGGAGGAGUAAAGAUUUGGAAAAAUGAAUGAAGAAUACGACGUUAUCGUACUGGGCACCGGGCUUACGGAAUGCAUUUUAUCAGGCAUCAUGUCAGUGAAGGGGAAGAAGGUUCUGCACAUGGACCGCAACUCCUACUACGGAGCUGAGAGUGCCUCCAUCACGCCUCUUGAAGAUCUCUUCAAGCGCUUCAACCUUCCGGGCAGUCCUCCUGAGUCAAUGGGGAAAGGCAGAGAUUGGAAUGUGGACCUCAUCCCUAAAUUCCUUAUGGCAAACGGUCAACUGGUGCAAAUGCUGCUGAUCACAAAGGUGACUCAGUACCUGGAAUUUAAAGUGAUUGAAGGCAGCUUUGUGUACAAGGGGAACAAAAUCCACAAAGUCCCCUCUACUGAGACUGAGGCUCUGUCAUCUAGUCUGAUGGGGAUUUUUGAGAAACGGCGCUUCAAAAACUUCCUUCAAUACGUCACCAACUACGACGAGAGCAACCCCAAAACCAUGGAUGGCAUUGACGCAAAAACCGAUACUAUGAGGGUCCUUUACAAAAAAUAUAGUCUGGGACCAGAUGUCAUGGACUUCACCGGCCACUCCCUCGCCCUCUACCGCACAGACGAUUACCUGGAUCAACCUUGCAUUGAAACGAUAAACAGGAUCAAGCUUUACAGUGAGUCUCUAGCCAGAUAUGGCAAGAGUCCAUACCUCUACCCACUGUACGGCCUGGGAGAACUACCACAAGGCUUUGCCAGGCUGAGUGCUAUCUAUGGUGGGACGUACAUGUUGAACAAGCCCAUAGAUGAGAUCGUGGUGGAGAAUGGGAAGGUGGUGGGAGUCAAGUCUGAGGGAGAGAUGGCUAAGUGCAAGCAGCUGAUCUGCGACCCCAGCUACAUUCAGGAUCGUGUUACCAAAGUGGGUAAGGUGAUCAGAGUCAUCUGCAUCUUGAAACACCCCAUCGCCGGCACCGGCGACGUCAACUCUUGCCAGAUCAUCAUCCCCCAGAAUCAGGUCAACAGGAAGCACGACAUCUACGUUUGUAUGAUCUCCUUUGCGCACAACGUGGCAGCAAAGGGUCAAUAUAUCGCCAUCAUCAGCACCACAGUGGAGACAAACGACCCCGAGAGCGAGAUCAAGCCAGCCCUGGACCUACUGACGCCCAUCGAGCAGAAGUUUGUCAGCAUUAGUGACCAGUAUGCACCCACUGACAUGGGCUCUGACAGCCAGAUUUUCAUCUCCCGCUCAUAUGACGCCACGACUCACUUUGAGACCACCUGUGACGACAUCAAAGACAUCUACCAAAGGAUGACGGGCACGGAAUUUGACUUUUCCGAGAUGGAGCGCAAGAAGCAGGACACCUUCGGAGACUGCGCAGACUAGAGGCGACACGUCCGCAACACUCCUGAUUAUCAAAGAGAAUGCUGCCGACAACUGAAAUCUUACAAUAGAAAACCUACACAAAAAUGUACACACCAAUGGGCUGGCUGAUCAUCCAAUUAUAUGAUUAGUCCAUUGAGGAAGUUCAUGAUAUACAUAGAGAGUUAUGAUAUAGUGUUAUUGGAUAGGGUUCAGGGAGCUAUGCUUUUAAAAAAAAAAUCCCAUUCAGAUGAAUGUUGCACUUAACACUGGUUAUGCCUAUUAUACAGUAAUUACCCAACAUUCUUCUGCUUCAUUGGUUGAUGAUUCAUAGUCCAAAGAUGCCAAAUCAAAUAUUUCAGAAAUCUCACAUGGUUGGUAUAUAUGUCAUUGUAUAAAAGGAGUUUGGGAGAUAAAUAAUAUCUAUACAUCAGUUAUUGGUCUUUACAAGUAUUUUUUUUUUCAUGUCAGGGUGAGAGAGAGAAGUGGCUUUAUGUGUCUGAAUUAAAUCAUGUGUGUUCCUCGCUGGCUGCUGUAAGUACAUUAAGGCCACGCAACAGCAGACAGCUGUGUGAGGUGGCACCUCUGUCAAACAUUAAAGCGUGGAAGAGGUGUGUGGGCUCAAUAUUUUUGUAACUUUUGAACCCCUUUCCUGUAUAAUCUCCAGCACAGCCAGAUGCAUACUAUAAGCCAAGCUGUAGUCGGGCAUAAACUACCCAAACCUGUUCAACACUUACGUUACUAUCAGAGAUAUUAUUAGUUCCUGUAUCAUGCAAAGUGAUGAAGACCCAAGCAUUAACAGCAGAUUAAUGGGAAGUGUGGUUGACUGUUAUUGCUUUAAGAAGGACCAAAUGUGUACUGCAGCAGUAUUGAAUUGAUGAGAGCCCUGCGAUAUCUCCUGUCUCUGAACAACUUUAAAAACAAACAAAAAAACAUCUUGGGGCUCAAAUGAUUUCUGUACUGCAAAGUAAAAACAACUUUGUCAAAAACUGAA